AUGGCUGCUUCAGCUGAAGACAACGAGAACCUCGUGCCCGUCACCGUCCUCACCGGCUUCCUUGGGAGCGGGAAGACCACCCUGCUCAACCACAUCCUGGCGGCGCUCACCACUGACGCGUCGCUGCUUCCUUGGAUGCCGACCGAGGCCACCGCCGCCUCGAGCCGCGCGGAAGCUGCGGCGGCAGACGCUUCGGGAGGCAAAGCUCUCGAGCGUUUCGACGCUUGGUUAUCGUUGCAGCGAUUCGACCACAAACUUGUCCUGCGCGGCAACCACGACCCGUUCAACGUCGCGUUCCCGCGCUCCAACGCCACGCUCAUCACCCAGCCCACUCUGGCAACCAUCGGCGGCUGGACCCUCUCGCUCGUCCCCUUCUCCCGAGGCGGCCGCCUUGUCGUACCCCCCGGCGACCUGAUAGCCAGCCACGUGCCUCCGAAGCGCAUCCUCGACCGAACCUACUCGGGCGACCGCGCCGGCUCGUCUGCGCUGCGCGGCGCCGUGGAACGUUGGACCGCCCCGCCACCCCGGGUGUGGCUGCACAUCCACGAGGGGCGCGGCUGCGAGCGCGUGCGCUUCGGCGGGCGGGGACUGCAUGCGUCGCGGGAGACGCUCGUGAUCAAUGCCGCGAACGCGAACAGCGGCCGAGCAAACCGGUUGGUGCACGGGCCUGUGGCGACCGGGACGGGCGUGCAAGACCGCGGCGGGGAACGCGGCACAGAGGCGGCCGCGGUCGGUGCGCUGCUCCUAGCAGUCGAUCUCGGCUUGCGGAGCGGUGCGAGUCUGUUCUCGGCAGACGGGGAGCUUCUGCGGUACGAGCAGCUUCGCUUUGCAGACGAGACGGCGCUGCGGGAGGAGGCGCCGCAGCUCAUCGCCUCGUGGGAGGCCGAUGUCAACGCGGCGGCGGCGGGCCAGACGAGCUCCGCAGCCGCGCCGCGCCGUUGGGCCAUCACGCACGUGGCGAUCGAAGGUGGAGACCCGCCAUUGUGGGAGGCGUGGGGCGAGGCACACGGCGCAGCGCCGCUGAGUGUGUCUGCCGACGAGUGGCGGCGCCAUCUCUUGACGAGGAAGGAGCGAUCCUCGGGGAGCUGCGCCAAAGCAGCGGCGAGGCUAGUGGCGCGCCAGGUGGUCGCCGACUUUGGGGCGAUGGAGGCUCACGUCGGCGCUUUCAAGACGGAUGCCGCCGAGGCGGUGCUCAUGGGCUAUUACGCCUACCGUCUCGGCUGGACUACACGGGAGCCGCCGAUCCGCCGUUUCUCCAACGGCAACGUGGUGCUGCCGAAGGUGACUGCCAAAAAAUAA